CGCUUUCUUUAUUCUGUAAAAAAAAAAUAAAAAAGCGUAAGUUUCUUCUUAUUCAAAACGUGCCAAAGCCAGGUCUUUGCAGGAACUACUUUUGCCAGGCUUUGCAAAUUUUCCAGCUUCGCAGCACUAGAACAACUAAAAUAGGGGUAAUGCCACAUUGAAAAUAGAUUUUGGAAUGUGAUAUUCUUAGCUUUAAGUAAAUCCAGCAGCCUAAAUGUGAAGUUAAAUACAUUUAAUCCCUGGGUAUUACAUGCCAUUGUAUUGGGUUACAAAUAUGCAUAUUGCCAAGCGAAAGAACAUUGUUUCGCCCAUAGUGGUGCCUGGCUUUUAACCUAAUAAAAAAUAAUAAGCUACAAUCUUUUCAAAUGAAAUUCCUAGGAUAAGUAUGGUGGAACAAAGUAUUAGGAGUUUUGAGCUCUGAGUUAGCUCGUUGUUGCGCGGUAGCAAUCGCAAUGUCUUUUUGAGCGAGAAGAGAAUGUACGAAAUGAAAAACGAGGCCUUCGAAGCAAAUGGUUGUUUCUGAGGUAUAUGGCUGAUAUAUAAGGUAUAAGGCUGAUAAGCCUUCAUCCAACUGAUGUGACGCAACCAGCUGCUUUUAGUUUUCAGUGGCGAAACCAUCAGAAAUAAUGCCAUUAUGUCCAAACGCUGUUCUAAAUCACAAGCAAAAACUGUUUUCAAAUAGCCCAAUCAUACAUUGAAUAUCACAAAACGCUCGCGCGAGAGUUUACGCGAAUAAUGAAGUGCACGUACGAUGCACCGUUGAAGGCAAAAUCGCGUUACUUUUGAUUAUUUGUCGUGGUGUCUAUAUGUUUUGAUUGUAUUUGCUUACAUCGAUUGAUGCUGGUCAACUACAACAAGAAGCGCCCAUCUACUGCCGUCAUAACUAUCUCUAAACAAACGAGUGAGAUAAAAACUUUCACUUGCUCCACUGACAGGUAUGUUCGCAUCCCUACGGAAGAUCCCACUGGCCCGGGAGCAUCGGAGCCUUCUAAGGUCGCUUACUCAGAGUUGCCGAUCCCACACUCGCACCUGUCAGCCGGUGUUUCGGCAGCUGGUGCUCGGGAGAAGUUUCAUCUGCUAAAGCUAGUUGCCCAACUCAUCAGUGUUGCCUGUUUUCUUGCGGGACGCAAGUGUGGCCCUACAUUGUUAAUUGCUUUUCUGGUCUAUCUCUACAUUAGCGGAUUCUUGGCAAUAGGAGUAAUGGUGGCAAGUGCGAUGCGAGCACUAUAUAACAUCUGCGAUCAGCUGCUCUAUCAUCCCGAACAGCCAGAGACAUCACGCUCGCAGGUUAACUUACCUUCCGCAGUGAAUCUUCCAUUUGAAGAGGUGACCAUAAAAACAUCGGACGGCGUGCGUCUUCAUGGUUUCCUGAUCAAACGAGAAAACGGCUUUGAGUCCGUUCCUACAGUACUGUACCUCCACGGCAAUGCCGGAAACAUUGGACAUCGCUUGGCACAUGCGAGGGGCAUGUUCCACACUUCGAAAGUGAACAUUCUCCUUCUGGAGUAUCGAGGUUAUGGCCGAAGUGAGGGUAGCCCCUCGGAGUCGGGCUUGUAUCGCGACGCGCUGGCUGGAAUGGACUUCCUGCUAAAUCAUCCCAGCAUUGACAAGCGAUAUAUAUUUAUCUUUGGCAGGUCUUUAGGUGGUGCGGUAGCAAUCUUCGUGGCUAGUCAUCAGAAAUAUUCAUCAAAGCUGGCGGGUGUCAUCCUAGAAAAUACGUUCACAUCGAUUCCGUCCCUAGCGAAGGUGAUCGUUCCGUACAAGGCUAUAAGAUACGUGCCUCGUUUAUUUUAUAAAAACGUGUUUGCCUCCGAGGAUCGAAUUAGCAGAGUUCGCUGCCCAACGCUGUUUGUUUCAGGACUCGCAGAUACUUUAAUACCUCCUGCCAUGAUGCGUGCACUAUACACGAAAUGCCCGGCAAAUUUUCGGCGUAUAGCAACCUUUGAAAGUGGAGGGCAUAACCAAACAUGGCAAUGUAGAGGCUAUUUCAAAAUCUGCAGAGAUUUUAUCGAGGCGGUUAGAUUAGAUGUGAAUCCCGACGGAGGGCCUGAGGGAACCGUAUGGCCUGAGGAUCGCCUUAGUGUUCAUGUGACCGCCGAAGUUCUUUAGCCGAUGGUAACCGUAUUGUCAUUACGAGCAGACAUUAAGGCACUUAGCUUGCCACGAGCAGGCAGGCAAACGCUACCUCAGUUGCAAGUGGGUUCCCAAAUAUUUGCUACGGGUCUGAGACUCGUGGUCGACGAACUUAAAACAAUAGCAAAAUUACUGACAAAUACAAAAUAAACUUAUAACUUAGUGUUUUAAGCCGCCAAACCAUUCUACCGAUAGUAGUAGUACUCUUUCCUGAGUAAUCUGCUCAAAAGAAAAGGGAAAUGUAAAAAGGCGUGAGUUACGUGAGCGACACUAGCCUUUAUUAAUGUGUUUUUUAAAUGGGAUCACACGAAGGCAGUUUGUGUAGGUUUAUUACAACAGCGGGUUAAAAUACAGACUCUCCGCUCAGUCAAUGUACCUUCUUCGAGAUGCUAAAUGGAGCAAGUUGAAAUAAGCAACUAAUUUUCGUAGUCUUCCUUUUUAUUUGUUUAGGGAAGAUGGUACGGAGUGAAGAAAAUCGUACUGUUGCCACUUUCUGAAGAAACAUCAUUUGUGCCUGUCAGGGUCUUUCAAAAAAAAACAAAUGCAGAUGCAUCGGUCGUGACAGAUCAAGACCGUGACCCUGAUGAGUAUCUCAACGAAACGGUGUACCGUGUAUGUGAAAGCGAUGAUAUGUAAACUCAAGCUGUUAAAGGGGGAAAGCUCAUGCGAUCAUGGGAUACACUCUAUAUUGCUGAUAUGACGAGCGGAAACAUUGGGAAGUUAUAAAAGCAGAUAAUAUUUAGAAGCGUUUAGUAAUUCGUAUACAGGGAAUAUUAUUAUGUAUAGACUUGACUUCAUAUGUAAAUACUAACUAUUCAGAUGCUCACUGAUUUUGUCACGGUACGCAAUUAAGUAGCUUACAGAACCAAGCACUUGCCCAUCGUUGAACAAUUAAUAAAGUUUGGCCUAAUCAAGAUAGUCGUUCACUGACUGAGUGGAGCCACAUCGUGUAUUACCGACAAAGGAUAACCGCGUGAAUCGAUAGUAUAUUGUCUACAACAGGCACUGAAGUUUGGCGAACAAAAAUAAUGAAUUAAAAUUCUGUGAUUUUUACAUUUCCUUUUUACUGUAUUAUUGAAGCCGAUUGGUCGUUACAGAUUUGUUGCGUGUGCAGUUAAUUAAUUUUAAUAUAUUAACUGUUAUUUGUAUACUAUGUGUAAGAUAUGCUAGUAAGCCUUGCAAUGCGUUCUAAAAUCAAAUCAUAACAUUCACAAUAUUCAAUGUGUUAUGAAAUUGCUUCAUUUAUGCUAAAAAGAUAAUAGCGUACACCAAUUUACAGAAAUACUAAAAUAACGACUAAAUGGAGGCUAACAUGUGUGCUGCCCCGUGGAAUGUUUGUUUUUGAAGCCAGGUUAGGUUUUUUCGUGAUUAAAUCUACAUCCUACAGCGGAAAAUCAAACUAUGAAUUAGUCUUGGGAUAACGUAUUACACUAUGAUACAGUUAUAGACUUGCUAGGCUAUUGCAUUCCGCGUUGGACAGAGUACGUUUUGUUUCGAAAAUAUCUAAACGAGUUCCUGACCGUAACAAAAGCGACUGAGACUGCCGGAUUCGAUUAUGUCCAGUGGGUUGUCUACAAGCUUUUUCAAUAAAAUAUUGAAAAAGCUUGUAGACUCUCUAAAGUUUAAAAUAAACUUUAGAGGUAGAUAAAUAUUACCAAAAAGGGGUUUAAUUUACUUUUGUAUAGCAGUGUAUUUCCUAGGAGAAGCAUAAUGAUACAAUAAGUGAAUCGGGGUCGUUUAAUGCGAGCAAAUAUGACGUACGACACGAAGCAGGCCAAGGGUGGCCGUGACAAUUUUGUACAUAGUCGUGUAUAUUAAAACGAAAUCUUUUACAGGUGCUAUAAAUGUUGUCCCUCACGGCCAUGUUUAUUUUACAUAGUACCACCAUUAACCGUAAUUACAGCUUCACUUCGAGGCCUAAACCACUUACUAGUCAUUUUCAAAAUAUUCCAGUAUCAAUCUGCAAAUAACCUUCCAAUAGUAACCGCAGAACAAGCGAUAUUGGUAGGUAUGAACUCUUUAAAAAAUGUCCUUCAGAUACUUAUUACAUAUAAAAAAUUACACUAAAUUUAUAUUUUCGGCGGGCACCAUGUCAGAGGUUGCAAAAAUAUAGGGGUGCAAAAGAGACAUAGACCCGAAAAAUGUACAAAAGCGCAAGGGAUCUUAAAAGUAACCGUUGGAGCUCAUCUGGGCUACCUAAUUGACAAUCUAUACUUUUCUUUUCAAAAUGGCCGUCAUUCCUGCAUGAAAAAUCCAGGUUUUUCAAAAAUAGAUUUUCGAGCCAUUUUGAUUAAUUUUCGUUCUUCCAGCUUCCACUAGCUUAUUUUUGUCCAAUUUUUAAAAACGACGCGUUGCUAUCCAUUACGGCGGGCUUGUUAUUUGAUUCUAGCGAGAGCAGGUUUCCUAGUUGCACCAGAGAUGGCAAAGGCGUACAUCUAAGCUAACACCAAUAGCCUGUCAGUCUGUUUGAAUUUAAGUACUUUAUAUAUAGUGUACACACAUAGACUAUUAUGAUUGUGCUGGAGAUUUUGUUUCACAAGAUAUUUAUGCACUCCUUAUUUGAGGAGAUCAGCUGUAGUGUUGUUCAUUGUUACAUCUGGCAACGCUACCGAACGGAGUAUUUGAAAUGAAACCAAUUGACAACGUAUGAUCGUGUGUUUGAUCUUGAGUCAUGGAAGCGGUCAGCGACAAUUCGAUAGUCGUCUGUAGUUUGAGCUAUUAGAGAUGAAUAAAAAUGAUGAACAUUAGGUUUAAAUAAAAUUGUGGCAUGGG